CAGAUUCGCGAGUUAACUGAGUUUCAUUACACAGUGACGGCGAAGAUAGAUUCCGAUCGGAAGAGAAAGAAAACAUCAAUUUCGUCGGCGACGGCGGAAGAAGAAAACCGAAACAAGAAGAAGAAAGAAGCGAAAAUGUCUUCAUCUCGCGGCGGCGCUGAGGUUAGGGCUUCACACAUACUGAUUAAACACGAAGGUUCUAGAAGAAAAGCUUCGUGGAAAGAUCCAGAAGGUUACGUCAUCAAGAACACUACUCGUGAAAGUGCCGUUGCUAUUCUUACUUCAAUGAAAGAGGAUAUCCUUACUGGUAAGGCCAAAUUUGAGGAUCUUGCUUCGAGGUAUUCUGAUUGUAGCUCUGCUAAACGCGGUGGCGAUCUUGGUUCUUUUGGUCGUGGCCAGAUGCAGAAGCCUUUCGAAGAUGCAACUUAUGCUCUCCAAGUUGGUGAAAUUAGUGACAUUGUGGAUAGUGACAGUGGAUCCCACAUAAUCAAGAGAACAAAUUGAUUAUUACACGGAGUAAUCUUCCUUUUAGAGUGAACUGUAGCAUUUAGAGAUGAUUGCUGUGAUUGUUGUUCAGCUCAAAAUAUGUUGAUAUAUUGAUAAUUUAGUCAUGGCAGAGCCAUGUGUUUUUUUGAUAAUACGUUGUUUUAACAAGAAUUAAAAAACUGUAUCUGUAUGCUUGUAAUUUUGAAAAAUAUUCAUGGGGUUUGUACUCUGGCAGGAUCCUGUCAGUGAAUUUUAUCACUACCAAUUAUGAACACGUUACCUUGUUACCUAUGAUA